GAGAAAAUUUAUGCAUUAGAUGUUAGAAAUAGCCUAGAAAGUGGAAAUUUGCUUCAGCUUAUUGCCCUUACUACUAUUAAUAAACCGAUAAGUAUAUUAGGUGUGGAAGAUGUCCAUCCACUUCGUUACAUACAAAUGGCACAAAUAAAUGAAAUCUUCGGUGAGCAAUCAAUUGAAAUCCCUUCGGAAGUACAAAUUAUUCAACAUUCAUAUUGGGAUAAAGGUAACAAAAUGGAUGAUAAUGUUGAUUACGGUGGUUGUCCGGUGAUGGCAAAGGCCCGGCAAGUUGCAAUGAAAGAUGAACUAUGA